AUGGGAGACAACCUCGAUGUUCCUCCUCACCAGCCUGCUCUUGUCGCUAAUCCACCACUACCUCAAGUUGGCGGAAGACAAACUGCUUAUGUGCACCCUCUAAGACGGGCCACACCUAACCGUACCAUAGCCGAUUAUGAUGCUCCUAACCAAUUCUUCAAGACUGUGCUGCUAUCCCAAAAUCAGUUCCAUGGCCUUACUACCGAACAUCCAAUGGACCACAUUGAUCUUUUUGAAGAAAUAUGCUCUACAACAAGAACCAAUGGGAUUCCAGAAGAUUACUUGAAGUGUAAGCUUUUUACUUUCUCUCUAGCCAACAAGGCUCAUAGAUGGUUAAAGUCUCUACCUCCUGAAUCGAUUACUAGCUGGGAAGGAUGUAAGUCAGCCUUUCUUAGCCACUUUUACACCAAGUCGAGAUCCAACUCUCUUCGCAACAAGCUGCAAAGUUUUCAACAAGGAACGGUCGAAUCUUUUUAUGAAGCAUGGGAACGUUUCAAGGACUAUGAACGUGACUGUCCCCAUCAUGGUUUCUCUCAAGGUAACCUCUUAAGUACCUUCUAUAGAGGAUUACACCCUAAGUAUCAACUAUCAUUCGACACGACCAACAAUGGAGAUUUCACUACGAAGACCGUUCAAGAAGGACGAGCUCUCAUUGACAACCUUGCCGCAAGUAGUAGCAACACUUGCACUGAUUUUGAUAGAACCAUCCGUUCUAGCAAUUCCGACUCUAACGAGAUUGCCGAUCUUAAGAACAUGAUGAAUCAACUUUUAAGGAAUCAACAACGCGGAGUAAACUCUUGUGAGACUAUUAACAAUGGAAACAUGAAGCCUUUCCAAGAAGAAGAAGUCAACUAUGUUGGAACCCAAAUGUGGAAAGAUCAGAGCUAUCCUCAGCAAGCUAACCGCUUUCAAGGCAACAAUUUUGGUGGAAACAACAACAACAACUUUCAGCCGCGACCCCAAUUCAACAACAACAAGCCGCCUUUCCAAACCGGACCAGCCCAGGCGCCUACCACUCAAGCUGAUGCCAACAUCAACAUAAAGAUGCAAGAACUCCUUGUUGCUUUUCAAAAGCAAUCAAGAGAGAUCAACUCAAGGAUGGAAAAAAUCUAUACCGAACUGAAUGGGAAGUUUGAAAGCAUUUCUAUCCAUGUCAAGAAGCUUGAAACUCAAGUUGCUCAGGCUGCUAAUGCUGUUCCACGCCAAGUUGGUGUACUUCCGGGAAAACCCGAAGNAAUCGAUUACUAG